AUGAAACUACCACUAAACGUGUCCGAGGGACAUCUUGGCCGUCUGACCCUCCAGUACGUCUAUUCCGCUGCCAUCAACCAAUUCCCUCCAUGUGCCCCUCCUACAGAUCACCUAAACUCCUUUCAAGCAUAUGUUGACCCCUAUCAACUUCUCCCUACCAGAAUACCCUGGAGCAAUUUAAAAAACAAACCCGUAAAAGUUACGAUUGAGGAUGUCUUUCUUCUAGCUACCCCAAAGCAGGAUUCAGAGUAUGACGAGGAAGAUGAAGAAAGGAGACGUCAAAUCCUAAAACAAGAGAAACUUGAGAGUGCAGAGUUGGUUCACGAACGAACGACCUCUGGACUUUCCGAAGAAGAACAACAAAAACACCAAUCUUUUACUGAAUCACUGGUGACGAAGAUCGUAGAUAACUUACAAGUAACUAUAAAAAAUAUUCACAUCCGCUACGAAGAUUCUAUCUCAACACCAGGGCACCCCUUCGCUCUAGGGUUUACACUCGAGGAGUUCUCAGCCGUUUCGACUGAUGAAAAUUGGCAGCCGAUAUUCAUCCAAGGGAAUGUGGCCGUUACCCACAAACUUGGCAAACUUAGCUCUUUAGCGGUCUAUUGGAAUACAGAUACGGAGCUUCUCGGGCAUAAUGCCCACGAAGACGUGCUAACAGAAUUUCCACGGCUAAUCGCAACAAGUGGUCAACCGGCCGAGUUGCAACAGUUCAUUCUAAAGCCAGUGAGCGGCGAGGCUCGGCUCGAACUUUGCAAAACACCAUCACGAGAGACACCAAAACUAAAGGCCCGGGCUUUAUUCGAUGAGAUUGGUUUUGUCCUUGAUGAACACCAGUAUCGGGAUGCUCUGAUGCUGAUUGAUCUAUUUCAUUUCUAUAUACGUCACCAACAGUACAAGAAGUUCCGGCCGAAGUCAGCGCUUCUAGAAGACCCCAAAGCAUGGUUCAGAUUUGCUAUCACAGCUGUUCGUGAUGAAAUACAUGAGAAGAAUAAAAAAUGGACAUGGGCUUUCUUUAAGGAGCGGAGGGACGACAGACUCCUCUAUAUUCGGCUUUUUAUGAAGAAAAAGAAGACCGAACCCCUCACCCUUAGUGAAGCAGAUGAGCUAAAGAAAUUAGAGUGGAAGCUCUCCUACGAAGAUUUACGGUUUUAUCGUUCGUUGGCGAGAAAUCAGCUUCGGAAGGAAAGGGCGGUUGUUAAAAAGGCACCAGAGCAACAACCAAAGGGCUGGUUUGCUUGGGCCUGGGGUUCUGCCGCAACCGAGGGCGAGAAUGAGGUCUCUGAUGAAGCUACGAUGACUGAACAACAGCGCCGAGAACUGUACGAUGCUAUUGAUUGGGAUGAAAAGAAAUCUCUCGCUGAAAGUAUCGAUUUGCCCCGUGACUCAAUCAAGAUGGAACUGGAGACCAGCCUAAGAACUGGUAGUUUUACUCUCAAACGAGGCCCCCACAGUACGAAGGCAGUGGAAAUUACGUCCUUAUCGUUCGACGACUUUAAGGCAGCAUUUGUACAACGUCCGGAUUCCUUUUUAGCUGAGACAAGCCUAGGAGGCUUACGUGUUUACGAUGGGACGACACCUGGAUCCUUAUUCCCACAAAUAGUACGGGUAAAACAUAGUGAGGCGGGGGCAAGUUCGCAAUUUGUCGACGUCCAAGGCAGUCGCUUUAACGACAAGAACGCUUUCUUUCAUGCGACUUUCGAGCGAAAUCCAUUAGAUGAGAGCGCUGACUCCGCCGUUACUGCGAAGCUACGAAGUAUGGAAGUGAUUUACAACCCUAGGUUUUUGGAGGAGAUCUAUAAAUUCUUCAAGCCACCAGAACGUCAUAUGGAAUCAAUUGGGGCAUUGAUGGAAACUGCUGGUGCCACGGUUGAGGCGGUUCGACAACAAACUAGAGCUGGCCUCGAAUUUGCAUUGGAAGAACACAAGACCCUCAAUGCUAAGCUCGAUCUUCAAGCUCCCCUACUUGUCAUUCCAGAAAACGUCACAGCCCAUGCUGCAAACUGCUUGAUAAUUGACGCCGGUCACGUCAGCCUUACAAGUGAUCUAGUGCAGAAGCACGAUGUACAGGAAAUACAAGCAAAGCAGAGCACCCAAUACACGGAGUCGGACUACGAAAAAUUGGAGUCGCUCAUGUAUGACAAAUUUCUGUUGCAACUCAAGUCAACUCAAAUUUUGAUAGGUCCGUCAAUUGAGACGACCAUAGCUCAACUCGAGGAAGAAGGUGAUUCGAAACAGCUCAGGGUCGUUGACCGCAUUAACAUUGAUUUCAAAAUUGAAAUAUCGAUCUUACCGAAAGCGCCCAACUUAACGAAGUUUAGAAUUUCUGGGCAUAUGCCAAUGCUGCACGUUAGUGUCUCUGACAGAAAGUACAAAACGCUCAUGGGUAUCAUUGACGUUGCAAUACCUAAAUUCAAUGAUGACACCGGCAAAAAGGUCCCGACAGAGUCCGGCUCAAGAGGAAGCAGCAAAAAGCUAGAAACCCACCGCCGCGAUUCUACUUUCCGUUUCUCGGCUCAGGAGCAAGCUCUGCUCAUUGUGGAAGAAGAAUCCGAUGACGGUAGUCAAGACGAUGACAAUUUCAUUGAGGCACCAGAAGGCCAAUCUUCCGACGCUCCUAAACUACACCAAAAAACAUUUGAAUUCAGGUUUCAAGUGGAUAGGCUCCAAGGCUCGCUGUUCAAAGCUGAAUCGGUCGCAAAUUUCCCUGAUAAACCCCUAGCAGAGCUAGUUGCGGACGGAUUCGUACUCAAUUUCUACGUUCGACCUUACGAUAUUGUCGCUGAUGUAGUUCUGAAGACUUUAAACUUAGAGGACCAAAUCGAUACAAAUCCUUCUCCUCAAUUCAGAAGCAUCAUCACUUCCGAGGGUUCCUCCGAGGUGGAUCAAAGCUUGGUACAUGUCAAAUAUGCCAAAAUCAACCGGAACUCACCAGAAUACAUGACAAUCUAUGAGGGAAUAGAUACGAAUAUUGAUGUGUCGAUUUCGACUGUUAACGUUGUGGUUACCCGAACGACGCUCCUAACACUACUCGAUUUUGUUCUCACCACAUUUACCAACCAAAACGACAAACGGCUUGAAAAGGCUACCGUAGACGAAAAGGGACAGGACUCUGAAUCUGCCAAUUCGCAGCCUCCUGAAAUUGAAUACGGACCUGAAAAAAUGCGAGUGAAAAUAGACCUUUCCACGAUAGCUCUAAUCCUAAACAAUGACGGUCUCCGGUUAGCGACAUUAAGCCUCGCGUCUGCAGACGUUGGGGUAUUCUUGAUGGGGAAAACCAUGCGUAUCGGCGCGAAACUGGGAAAUUUUUCUCUAUUGGAUGACAUCAAUGAGGGUGCGAGCACGGAAUCAGAUUUGCGGCAGCUUAUGACUAUUGAGGGAGACAAUCUUGCCGAUUUCCGGUACGAAACUUUUGACCCUGAUAACCUAGCAGCAUACCCUGGCUACGACACAUCUAUAUAUUUGAAAUCGGGCUCUAUCAAAGUCAACUUUGUUGAAGAGCCCUUCCGCAAGCUCGUCAAUUUCAUGGUUAAAUUUGGCCGCAUGCAAGCUUUAUUUAACGCCGCUAGGCAAGCAGCAGUCAACCAGGCCAGCCAUAUGCAAGAGCGAGCUAACAGAAUCCAAUUUGAUAUCACAAUUCAAACCCCCAUCAUUACUUUCCCAAGGGUGCCACGAAACGGCAGAGUUGCAAGAGACACCAUUACAGCAUUUCUCGGAGAAAUCUAUGCCUCGAACAAGUUUACGCCACUUGAUGACUGUGAUCAUUCUCCAAUUGUUAACAAAAUUGAAUCUGGCAUCCGAAAAGUCAAAUUGAUAUCGGCGCUCCAUUUCACACCCGAGCUUGUUGAAGAACUUGAAAUGAUCGACAAAAUCGACCUUGGGUUUAAGAUAAAUUAUCUCGAACACCAAGAAAAGCUCGAAAGGCCAGACAUAGAGGUCCAAGGCAUCAUGUCAGACUUGAAGAUGAAACUAUCACAGGACCAGCUACAAAUUCUUGUUGAUCUAAGUCGUUCAAUCCCUGGAGUUUUCGCUGGGGAGCCCGAAGAAUACGCCCCUCCGGAAUUAAUGCCAUCCACAGAAAAUACGACCCUAUCUGGGCGGCCUUCAACAUCGGAUAAUCGUAUCAUAGCCUCAGACCUAAACCCAGAGCUGUCCGUAGUAUCGGGAAUAUGGACAAAGGUAGAUUUAAUUCUCACGAUGGGCGAUAUCAGCCUCGAGCUUCUGGUCUCUCCAUCGUCAGAGCCAAUUCUUGAUGCAACAGGCGCCAGUCUAUCAAAGUUCUCGUUGAACCGAACUGGAAUCAAAUUGCGAAUGAUGAGCGACGGCUCGUUAGAAUCCGAAGUUCUCAUCAAGUCUUUCACAAUAAACGAUAGCCGCCGCAAGGAAACUAACAAAUACCGCAAAAUAAUGUCUUCUACAAUCACUGAUGGGUCGCAGUUUAUGGCUAGCAUCACAAUAUCAGGGCAAACGAACCGUCAUCUUAUUGCUAUGCUUACUAUUGACAGCCCUAGGAUAAUAUUUGCCCUUGAUUAUCUAUUCGCCCUUCGAGAUUUUGUCCUAAAUGGUAUUGGGAUUAAUGAAACAAACCUAACAGAUCAAAUACCCCCAAGUGCCGACGGCUCCAGUACAGAGGACAUUUCAUCAGACUCCGACAUCGACGUCUAUGUUGGUGCCGGGAAGGAGGAUACGGUACCCUCGAGCACAGCAGGUGGCCAGACGGGUGCUCAAAUGGAAACAUCAUUUAGAAUUAAUAUUGUUGACGCACAGGUCAUAUUGAUCGCACACCCAGAAAGUGGUAGCUCAGAGGCUAUUGUAUUAGGGACAAAGCAGGUCCUCCUAGCACAGCAGCGUGCCUUGACUCUAGAAGUGAGUAAAGUUGGUAUGUUCUUAUGCAGAAUGGACAGAUUCGAGACGAGCAGGUUGCGCAUAUUAGAUGACUUUGGAGCCAAAACAUCUAUGGAAACUCGACCGGUUGGAGACGGGCAAUCUAUAACUUCCGUAUCGAUAAGCGUCGAACCGUUGGUUUUACGUGUCUCUCUCAGAGAUAUAAUGCUCGCGAUGCAGAUUGUAUCAAAGGCCUCCGAAUUGUCCGGUACUACAAACACACAAAGCCAGAUAGAUGUAUCGAAACAACCCCAUAUCGGGAAUCUAAAUACACACGGCUCCCUAAGAAAGCCAGCAACAGGCAGAUCCGCCUCUAUUUCAAAAAACACGAUACCAGGAGCAGUCAACGCCAUUGCUUCGAAGGGGCUGCAGUCCGCCUCGACAAUCUUGAAUAAAGAAGAAAUGAUCGUUGCGAUUGAGGGGUUUCGUGUGAUUUUAAUUGGUGAUGCCCAUGAGCUCCCCCUCCUGGACUUAAGUGUAAAACAUUUUACUGCCAGGGUCGGGAAUUGGUCAUCAGAGAUGAAUGGGGAUACCAACAUUGAGAUAUUUGUGAAUAUCUACAACUUUUCGAAGUCAGCCUGGGAGCCAUUGAUCGAGCCCUGGCAACUCGGGCUUCAUAUAUCUCGUUCCUUAAAUCCUGGACGCCUAGCCAUUGAACUGUUUUCGAGAAAGAUGAUGGAGCUUACUAUAACGACGCAAAGCAUUGUUUUAGCCUCCAAAGCUGCUCAAUUCCUAUCUCAGAGUGAUGAGGUUUUGACAAAACCGCGGGGAGCAGAUGCUCCCUACAGAAUCAGGAAUCAUUCAGGAUAUCCGAUCCAUGUGUGGGCUGAUUUUGAGACUACUUCAGGUACCUCGAUGGCCAGACGCUUGGAGGACGGAGAAGAGGCACCCUGGAGAUUUGAAGAAUGGGAAAAAAUGCGAGAGAACCUUAAUCCAGAAGGCGGAGGCGGGGUUGUUGGGGUAAAACUAGAAGAUACGCCGUUCGAGAGUGUAACAAAAAUACCUGUCAACCGCGAAGGAGAAGAGACCUACGCCCUUAGACCUCGAUCAGGUAAAAUCGUCCAUCGGCUGUUAUGCGAAGUGCACCUCGGCACAGACAACGUGAAAUACAUCACUUUCCGAUCCCCGUUAUUGGUUGAGAACAACACUCAGAUCCCCAUUGAGCUCGGGAUCCUCGACUCAGGACGUACCCAUGUCGCGAGGAUUUAUAAGAUAAAGCCAGGGGGGGCUCACCCCUUUCCUGUUGAAGCAGCGUUUUAUAGCUCUGCUGUCGUCAGACCGGAUGCCGGUUUCGGGUAUAGCUGGUCGGAUAGUAGGAUAUAUUGGGAGGAUCUUCGUGGUGCACCCACACAAAUGCUCACUUGUCGAAAUGAAGAAGAAGCGGCCCCCCCCUUCUACUUCCAUAUUCACGCAAGUUUUGAUAGAACGGACCCAUUAACAAGGAAAUACCCGAACAUGAAAAUCCGACUUUCUGCACCUGUCGAGGUUGAAAACCUUCUACCCUUCGAUUUUAAGUACCGCAUCUACGAUAAAAAUACCAAGAAGGACUGGACAAACUUUUUACGAAAGGGCGGUUUGAGUCCCGUGCACGUAGUUCAGCUGUCUCAUCUUCUUUUAAUGAGCAUAGAAAUGCAAGAUACUGUUUUUGGACAAAGCGAAUUUGCCAUUAUUAACUCGGCGAAUAACGAUGAUUUCAAACGAGAGUCGUCGCUAGCCCUGAAGGAUAAUAAUAGCCUGCCUUUGAAACUAAAAUUACAUUACUACCCAAUUCCUAACGCUGGUGGCGCUUUUCGAGUGUCCGUAUAUAGUCCAUUCUUACUCUUAAACAAGACAGGCCUUGAAAUAUUUGUAAAGGCAAAAUCUUCCAUGCAGCAGGCUCGGCCAGCAGCUGGGCAGUCAUUUUCGGACGAUCGCCGUAAUAGAGCUUUAUUGAAGAUUGGCGACUCCGCAUGGAGUAGACCGGUGAGCUUCGAGGCUAUUGGAAACAUCGACGACGUCGUCAUUGCUAGUUCAGCUAGGCAGGAGGAGAUCCAUAUUGGAAUAUCAGUAACCGAGGGAGAAGGAAAAUAUAAAAUGACUAAAAUAGUCACACUGACCCCUAGAUUCAUUUUGAACAGCAAGUUAUCGGAGGAAAUUAAUGUACGCGAGUCUGCCUCCUCUCGGAUUAUGACGCUGAAGCCAGGAGAGCUAUUGCCGCUGCAUUUCCUUCGGCAGGCGCACGAAAAGCAAUUGACACUUUGUUUUCCCGGUCUUGAUAACCAAUGGUCAUCGCCAUUCAAUAUCUCGGAUAUAGGGACAAUUCAUGUCAAAAUAUCGAAAUCAGGUCGAAGGCAACGUUUAGUCCGGAUAGAGGUCUUGCAAGAGCACGCCACGAUAUUCCUUCAUAUUAGCAUGGAAACAAAGAGCUGGCCGUUCUCUAUGAGGAACGAGAGCGAUGCUGAGUUUACUUUCUGGCAAGCAGACCCUCACCUCGACGAGGAUGAGGACCAAACCAGCAACGAUACUAACUUCCGACCAAUUCGGUAUCGUCUGCCCCCUCGAAGCAUUAUGCCAUAUGCAUGGGACUUUCCGGCUGCGAGGAAGAAGGAGCUUAUUCUCUCCUCCAAUGGAAAAGAGCGACACAUUAGGCUAUCAGAAAUUGGAAAUCUGAUACCCAUGAAAAUUCCAGCGAAGCCUGGCGCCCCACAAUUGAAAAUCAUUGAUAUCAAUGUCGCAGCGGAUGGACCAACUCAAACCUUAAUUCUCUCUAACUAUAAACAAUCCAAAAGCAUAUACAAACCGAAAACAAAUAUUUCGCAGACCAGCAUGGCUAGCGGCUCUACAUCUGGAUUUGAGGUCCAAGAGGAGGAUGGAGAGGUAUCCUUCAAGGCCCAGGUCCGAUUUGCAGGGAUUGGCAUCUCUCUGAUCAAUAGCCACCUCAAAGAACUCGCCUAUGUAACUUUCCGGGGGAUGGAGUUCAAGUAUAACGAAUCAAAUUUAUAUCAGACACUAAAUUUGUUAGUCAAGUGGAUCCAGAUAGACAACCAAUUAUACGGUGGCAUCUUCCCCAUACUACUUUACCCCAGCGUCGUCCCCAAAACUGGGAAAGAGAUGGAUGUUCAUCCAUCGUUCCACACAUCCGUUACAAGGGUCAAGGAUGAUUCUUACGGUGUUCUAUACAUCAAAUAUGCUACAUUUCUCCUUCAGCAAAUGACUGUGGAAAUUGAUGAAGAUUUUAUUUUUGCUAUUUUGGACUUCUCAAGAAUCCCGGGUGCAAAUUGGGCCCAAGGGGGUGAGGAGAACCUCUGCGAUGAAAGCCUCGGAAUACCGGAGCCAAAAUCCACAGAAGCGGGACAAGAUGUGUAUUUUGAACUCCUUCAUAUACAACCGGCACAGAUGGAUCUAUCCUUCGUCCGGACAGAACGAGUUAACGCAGAGGAUAAAACAUCUUCCAGGAAUCCUUUGAUGUUUUUCGUGAAUGUACUAACAAUGGCUAUUGGCAAUAUUAAUGACGCCCCUGUGAAACUCAAUGCGCUCCUACUGGAAAAUGUGCGGGUGUCGGUGCCAAUUUUACUCCAAAGGAUACAGGGCCACUACAGUCAAGAAUUUCUAUAUCAGGUGCACAAGAUUCUUGGUUCGGCAGAUUUCCUGGGCAACCCUGUUGGGUUAUUCAACAACAUAAGUUCAGGAGUCAUGGACAUAUUCUACGAGCCGUACCAAGGCUUUGUCAUGACAGAUCGACCCCAAGAGCUGGGGAUUGGAAUUGCUAAGGGAGCAACGAGCUUUGUCAAGAAAUCGGUCUUUGGGGUAACUGACAGUCUAUCAAAGGUCACCGGGAGUAUUUCAAAGGGGCUCUCGGCUGCAACUCUUGAUAAGCAGUUUCAGGAUCGUAGGCGGAUGUCGCGAUCACGUAAUCGGCCAAAACAUGCCCUAUACGGCGUUGCGAGUGGUGCAAAUUCAUUUAUCACAAGUGUAGCUAGUGGGGUAGGAGGGUUGGCUCGAAAACCUCUGGAAGGUGCUGAACGUGAAGGUGUAGCUGGUUUUAUCAAAGGUUUUGGGAAGGGGGUUGUUGGUUUGGCCACCAAGCCAGCAAUUGGGGUUUUCGAUCUUGCUUCAAAUGUUACCGAAGGAAUUCGUAAUACGACAACAGUAUUUGAUGCGGAAGGUCUUGAAAGGGUUCGCUUAACAAGGUUCAUUGGUCGGGAUGGGGUUGUUCGGCCAUACUCCCAAAGAGAAGCGCUAGGUCAAUUCUGGCUGAAACAACUGGAUAAUGGGAAAUAUUUUGACGAAGACUACAUUGCGCAUCUCGAACUUCCCGGAGAAGACGUUGUUGUAAUGCUCACUUAUAGUCGGAUUAUGCUUGUCAAGUCUAAAAAGCUUGUAUGUGAAUGGGACGUUCCUCUAAAAGAUCUCCAGACAAUCAGCAUGGAGAAGACGGGAAUACAGCUAUCACUUCGAGGAGGUGUUACUGGUCCCUUCAUUCCAUGCACAGACACAAGUCGGCAGUUCCUUUACACCAAGAUUGCCUUGGCUGUAAAUAGCUUCAACGCAAAAAACCAAGAAAUUUUGUGA